GGAUCAACAUCAUCUCCACAUUCUCCCUUGCCUCCCAUUUUGGAUUCAAGUUGGCUGCAGAUUAUGCUCGAGAAGAACAGAGAUCUCCCUCUGAAGGCACAAUACAAGAGAAGACAGGGAGAGAGAAAGGAAAGAGCGUUCACGUCACGGCCACCAGCACGCACAAGAAGCGACAAGACAGACGCCAUUGUGUGCAGAUGCCGAGCUCUGGCUGAACAACUUCUCAUCUUGUGAUGUGGACUCGAUAAGAAGAAGAUCUUCCCCUUCACUCUGUUUAUUGCUCGCAUUGUCGGAAGCUUUGUCACAGUCUUUGUAAAAACUCCGGCUGUGAAGAUGCCGUCCAGCUGCAAAUCGGAGCAUGACAGGAUGAAAAAAUUCAAGAAUUAUGGCAAAAACCCUCAGGACCUGAGGAGACAAAGGGCUGAAUACUGCGUUGAAUUACGAAAAGCGAAAAAAGAUGAACAAAUCUUGAAGAGGCGCAACAUCAGCAACUUCCAAGAUGACGAUACUUACUCAUUGCAGAAACCAGCGGGAGUUCAUGAUUCUGACAUGACUACAGAAGAGAUGGUGAAGGGAAUGAAUAGCCAAGAUCCACAGCAACAGCUCCAGGCUACAUACAGAGCCAGGAAGAUUCUGUCACGAACAUGGAAGCCUCCACUAGAUGAAAUCAUUGAAUUGGGACUAGUCGCGAAGUUUGUUGAGUUCCUUGACCGUGAUGAUGAUGCAUCACUGCAGUUUGAGUCUGCCUGGGCACUCACUAACAUUUCAUCUGGUACAUCGCUCCAGACCAAAGCUGUGGUGGAAGCAGGUGCUAUUCCAGCGUUUGUCCGUCUCCUUGAUUCUCCCCACAUGCACAUCAGUGAGCAAGCUGUGUGGGCUUUGGGUAACAUUGCAGGUGAUGGUACCCUUUAUCGCGAUGCUGUCAUUAUGAGUUCGGCUAUCCCGUCACUUCUGGGGCUGGUGAAACCUGACAUUUCUAUUGGAUUCUUGCGCAACAUCGCGUGGACUUUGUCGAACCUUUGCCGCAACAAAAACCCGCACCCGCCGCUGGGGAUGGUUUGCCAGAUACUGCCCACGCUGGUUCAGUUACUUCAUCAUCGUGAUCCUGCACUGCUCUCUGAUGCGUGUUGGGCAAUGUCCUACCUCACUGACGGCCCGAACGAGCGCAUUGAAGUGGUGAUUCAGACUGGUAUUUUGCCAAGACUUGUUCAGUUGAUGGACUGUGAUCAUCUGGCUGUGUUGACCCCUGCUCUCCGUGCUAUCGGCAAUGUUGUGAGUGGGACUGACAGCCAAACGGAGGCUGUCCUCGAAGCUGGAGUUCUCCGUGUUCUGCCAAAGCUCCUGAUGCAUUCCAAGGCCUGUAUACAGAAGGAAGCUGCCUGGGCCAUCUCCAACAUUGCUGCAGGGCAGACAAUGCAGAUUCAACAGCUGAUUACCUGUGGAAUUUUAUCUCCUCUUCUUGAACUGCUACAAAAAGGCGACUUCAAAGCCCAGAAGGAAGCAGUUUGGGCUAUUACCAACUACACUAACGGAGGUACAGUUGAACAGGUUAUCCACCUGGUGAAGUGUGGAGUGCUGCAACCCCUCAUUAAUCUACUCGACAUCAACGAUGCCAAAGUUACCCUUGUGAUCCUGGAUGCUCUGGGAAAUAUCUUUCUUGCUGCUGAGCAGUUGGGCGAGACAGAUAAACUAUGUUUAAUAAUAGAGGAAUUUAAUGGCUUGGAGAAAAUUGAGGCUCUUCAGUUCCAUUCAAAUAGCAUGGUGUAUCAAACCGCAUUAAAGCUAAUUGAGAAGUAUUUCUAUGACGAGGAGAACGAAGUUACAGACAAGGAGCCAGAAGAAGGAAAUGGAGAAUUGCUAUUCAAAGUCAACGAUGUUCUCGACGAUAAAUUCCAUCUUUAAAAUGUGCAGCAAAGCAGUUGGUGCAGUCACUUGUAAUUAAAAAAUGGUGUAUAUAUUGUACUUUCACAAAUAAACCUCUUUUGCAGAACUUUUUUUUAAAUUGGGUUGCUAUUUUAAAGGUCUCGGUAAAAUAGUAAACUUUCAACACAAAGGUGUGUCAAAGAAGGUGAUAGCUGAAUUUAUCCAUCUUCCAUUUGAUAGCCCACAUCUUGCUGCAACUUUGAUUAACAUGUGGUCACAGCUUAAGGAUAAGGGGGAAAUCCUUUAAAACCGAGAUGAGAAGAACUUUUUUCACACAGAGAGUGGUGAAUCUCUGGAACUCUCUGCCACAGAGGGUAGUCGAGGCCAGUUCAUUGGCUAUAUUUAAGAGGGAGUUGGAUGUGGCCCUUGUGGCUAAGGGGAUCAGGGGGUAUGGAGAGAAGGCAGGUAUGGGAUACUGAGUUGGAUGAUCAGCCAUGAUCAUAUUGAAUGGCGGUGAAGGGCCGAAUGGCCUACUCCUGCACCUAAUUUCUAUGUUUGAGUAAUUCAAUAAGUCGGGUAGCAUCUCUGGAGAACAUAGGUGAUGUUUUAUGCUGGAGUGAGGGGGGUGUGCAGGAGGUGCUAAAGUAGAGGAGGGGCAGGACCAAGCCUGGCAAGUAAUGGGUGAAACUGGGCAAGGAGGCGGAAUGUGAGAUGGAUGGACAAGGGCCAAUGUGAAAUAUCGCCCAUGUUCUCCAGUGAUGCUGCCUGACUUUUACUUUUUACCCCCCUUCCUUCCCCCCCCCACUUCAAAUUUAUGGUCACUGCACUGUCUUUUUGGAUGGGGGGGGGGGGGGGGAUCAUUAAAGCCAUCAUUUGCCACUCUUCAAUCCUCGUCUCACUUUCCAUCAUCUGCAAACUUCAUGCCCCAAGAGGGUACGUCCACGAAAAAGCUGGCACAAUAACCAUAUAACAAUUACAGCACGGAACAGGCCAUCUCGGCCCUACAAGUCCGUGCCAAACAACUUUUUUUUCCCUUAG